CAUCUCAUCCACCACAAUCCGAAUUCCAGGUGCCAAAGCUCCACUGUUCCUUGUUUCCUUGGGCAUUUCUCUCUCGAGUGAUCUCUUAGAUUUAGCCAAUGGAAGAAGCAUUUAAGACACUAAGCGGCAUCACUUUUGUUCCUGACCCUGACCCUAGAGACUCCAUUUCCGACCAUCCAAACAAGUGUGCCGCCUCAACCACUACUGCCGUUACUCCCACGACAUCUAAUACCCCCAGUAACAAGCGCUCUCUCAAAGAAAAUGGUGGCUCUGGUGGAACCAUGAGGUACCGUGGGGUUCGCCGCAGGCCGUGGGGGCGUUAUGCUGCUGAGAUACGAGACCCACGGUCCAAAGAGAGGCGGUGGCUCGGCACUUUCGAUACUGCUGAGGAGGCUGCGUGUGCCUACGACUGUGCCGCUCGAGCUAUGCGUGGAAUCAAGGCUCGAACAAAUUUCGUUUACCCGGCCACCGAGCCUCACUCCACCAACGACCAUUUCUUUCCACCUUUCAGCUUCUCCAAGCAGUCUCAGUCAUCCAUCAGGGAUCUUAACUGCAUCCGUAAUCAGUUCGGGCAAUCUUCAAAUUGGCCACCGUUUGCUAGCCCACAUGCGGGUGACUUCUCCGGCGGUGGGUCUUCCACUCAAAGAAAUGCUUCUCUUAACAUGAUUUUAUUUCGCGACUUGUUGAAUUCAUCUUCAAAUUCCUCCCUCCACGCGCCUCUGCAUCAUUCUCUUCCUGAACAUUUCUCUUUCACCAAUGGAACUUGUGCUUCUUCGUUUCCUUUCACUUUUUCAUCUAAUUCUAGCGUUUUGCCUGGUGGUUCCUUGUUGAAUUCCUCAAUCAACAACACUAGUCCACGAGCAAGCGAUAGCAUAUCUGAUUCUUUCACUGGCUCCACCAUGACACUUCCUCUCAAGGAAAGCAAUUCAAGUCAUGCAACUGUCGCCCCUACCACUGAUUAUAUGGAAUUCUUCCCGCAGGAACCUUCUGACUCUGGUUUGUUGCAAGAAGUAAUUCAAGGGUUCCUUCCCAAACCCAGCUCAAAGAAACAAGAUGAUUCCGCUACAACCACAAACUGCACUUAUCAUUCCAUAUCUUCACCGGUAAAUGAGAUGACAUUGGGUCAGUCCCUGAGUGGGUUGAAGAAGGAGCCUUUAGGUUUUUACGUUGAUUACAACAAUCAAGCAGUUUCUCAGCAGUUUGAGAGUUUCAAUAGAACUACAGCGAUGCAUUAUGCUAACGAAAUACCAGCGAAGCAUCUACAGGUGGGUCAAGACAUGUUGGAUGAUAUCUUUCAGUACCCAGAAUUAAUGAGUGUCCUUGCAGCUAGGGUUCAAAAUGGUUGAGAGCAAGUUCAAAGUUGAAAAUAAACAAGUCGAAAGUAGAUGCAGUGUUUAGGGUUUUUUUUUUUUUUUUAAAUCCUGUCGAGUAGUCCGAGUCUUUUAGGUACAUCUAUAGGAGAUUAAAAUCGUGAUGUUGUUAUUAUAUGAUGAUAGUAUAAUCGUCAUUAUUUGCCAGCGAGUACUAGUUUUAUAAAAUGUAAUGAAAUUCCCUGGAGGAAAGCGUAAUCUUACUAAUCUUUUUCUCUGAGUUACGUAUA